GAUUGUCUCACAGGUGGAAGGAAAGAUAAUAAUAGAACAGUAUUUUUUUUUUUAUCAUCUUUCCGGAGUAACUGUCACAGCACUCUUGACUUUCCAAAAUAUCAAAUUCAUUUCUCUUGGGUCUGUCUGUUGGCUGAAAAGCGGCAGAUGACUCAAAGACUUCAACCCCCUUAUAGCCAUGCCGAAAAGAAGAGGCAAAGUGUUAUUGGUUGCUGACUCUUUCUGACGUUACAGGCAAAAAGUUGGAAACAGGGGACUUAAGGAUGUGGAGAACAAAGUUGUAAGAGGCUUCAUUAUGUACACUGUGCUGACAUGGCCUCAUUUGCAGAGGAUCCACAGGGUUAAACAACUGGAUGGGGCCAAGUUAAAGCCCGAGGCAGGUUGGAGCCGAAGAGGUGGACCUUGCCAAACAAAGGCACUUACUGUUAGUGCAGCAUCCUCGCAUCAAGUGAUACGCCAUAAAGGCAUAACUUCAGUUUUUACAUGAAACAACCCAAAUUUGAAAAGGCUCAUUGUGUCUGCCGGCAAUCUCUAACACGCAUAACUAAUGAAGUUUUUUUUUUUUUUUCCUUGCCAUUUAAAGACAAGCCGGCGUUGGCUUCUCUCGUAGCCAUCUCAGUCUUGAGAAAAGAAGCAGUAAUCUAUCACAGUCUUAGUUGAAGCAAGAGUCUGCUUUUUAGACUGGACAUUUUUAAUCAGUGCGCAUAAUGCUUGAGAUGCUUGGAUAUCACCCUUAUGAGGUGCAGACUCAUCUGGAGAACCCGACCAAGUACCACAUCCAGCGCUCCCAGCAGCAGCAGGUCAAGCAGUACCUGGGAAAGCUUGGCUCACAGGUACUGAGCUUGCCCUGUCCCAACCAGUCCUCUGACCACGGGGGCAUGCCGCCAGGGCCGGGCAACAGCGCCCCCAACAGCCCUAUGGCCUUACUGACCCUGAACUCGAACUGCGAGAAAGAGAUGGAUGAUGUCAUCGAUGACAUUAUUAGUCUGGAGUCCAGUUACAGCGAGGAUAUCCUCGGCCUGAUGGACCCAGGACUUCAAAUGGCCAACACGAUCCCAGUGCCCCCCACUAUCAUGGACAUGUAUGGAAAUCAGGGCAUGUCCCAGCAAGGAUUGCCCAUCAGCAACUCUUGCCCUGCCAAUCUGCCCAACAUCAAAAGGGAAUACUCGGUGUCACAAUCUCCGGCCGUAAUGCACAUGCUGGAUAAGUCCGGAUCAUGUGGAAAAUUUGACAACUAUCAGAGGCCUGAAGGCUUUCCCGUUGCAGAAGUAAGAGCUCUAGCAAAGGAGAGACAGAAGAAGGACAACCACAACUUGAUUGAGAGAAGACGACGGUUCAACAUUAAUGAUCGGAUCAAGGAACUGGGAACUUUAAUUCCAAAGUCAAAUGACCCAGACAUGCGCUGGAACAAAGGCACCAUCCUCAAGGCUUCCGUGGACUACAUCAGGAAGCUGCAGCGGGAGCAACAAAGGGCCAAAGAGCUGGAGAACUGUCAGAGGAAGCUUGAAAAUGCCAAUCGGCACCUUAUGCUGAGGAUACAGGAGUUAGAGAUGCAGGCUCGAGCUCACGGCCUGGCCAUCACGUCCUCGGCAUUGUGCUCCGUCGACCACAUGGGCCGGAGGAUCAAGCAGGAGCCCGCCCUGGAGGACUGUCACCAGGAGCUGUACACACUGCACCCCCACACGCAUCACCAGCACCACCCAGCCUGUACCCCCGAGGCCCCCGGCACCCUAGAGCGAAACGAGGGUCACACCGAUUUUUCCGACGGGCAGUACGGCAUUCACGGCAGGUCGGCCUCCAAACUCAACGACAUCCUCAUGGAAGACAACGUAUCGCCCGUGCAAGGCGGGGACCCUUUGCUCUCUUCCGUCUCCCCGGAUGCCUCCAAGGACAGCAGUCGCAAGAGCAGCGUGAGCAUGGAUGAGAAUGAGCAGGUCUGUUAGCGCCCCCUUCUGGAAGAGCCCCUCCAUAAGGCUACACUCUGGGCUGCUGGUGUUUUGUUUUGUUUUUUUGUCUGUCUGCGUUUACAUGUUUUUCAGUCUUUGUCUUUCUUUUUUUUUAUGAUAUUUGUGUCUUUGAAAGCCCUCAAACCUUGAUUUCAAGGAUUGAUUUUUAAAGUUGGUUUGCUUUAAUCAAAACUUUGAUGACAAUGACUUGAGAGUUUUAUAUGUAAAAUAGACCUAUUUAUCUUAGGGUACAUGCUAAAUUAUGUCUAUUUGUGGUGAUUGCAAAGAAUCUGAGGAAAUUCUAAUUGAAGGUAACAUAUAGUAUAUGUUGUGGUGAGGAAUAGCAAUAAUAGAAGAAAUCUAUUUAUUACUGUAGUGCUUUACACUCCUCGUGUCUUAGAACUUGAACAUGCCUUAAUAUGACAUCAGAAUCGCUAUGCACAUGCUAUGCACAUGCUAUGGUUGUUAGCCUUCAGCCAAUGAAAACCUUGACGGUUUAAUCAGAUGUAGAUUGAAGCCAAUUCAUGUAUCUAAAUAAUUUGUUCAUACAACCACCCUCCGACGUAAUUUAUGGUCAGCCUAAUUGCAUUUUUUUCCCCAUGUCUGAAUAUUUUUGGGAAAAAAUGGAAAAGCACAACAAAUUUAACAAACAAGAGGAGGUCAGCUGGCUUGAUUAAAUAUUAGCAUGACUUGAAUGACACAAAAUUUACAGCCAUAAAGAAAACACAUUUUUAAACAAACUUAUUGGUAUUUUUAAUGAAUAUUGUGACGGUAUGUAAAAAAUACUUGUUAUUUACAAAUGUUAUACAAAAAUGUAAAUAGCAAAUUGAUAAGAUCAGUUUUAGUCAGUGCUUCUGAUCAGUGCAUUUUUUUCAGAGAUCUUCCACAAUUAUGCUUAAUUUAGCCGAAAUUACAGGUGAUAAGUGAAAAACAUGAGUAAAUAGUAAUAAUAUUAUCCCAAACGACAUGAGAUGUUAAGAGCAGCUUUUAUUUGCCACCUGAAUAACACAUCCCUCACUGACCAAAUGGCUGAAAUAUUUUCACCUGUCAAGUCAUCGGUGUGCACAUUUCUACAAGCAUGCAUCAAAAAGAAUUCGUGAGCAUUUAUUUUGUGAAGGACAACAAGGCGACUGCAUAUGGAUUCUGAAUGAAGCGCAUGGAAAGGAAAAAAAAUCAAAACACUGGAAUGACCUCUUUAAAUCAAGUUGUUUUUUAUUGUCUGUAUCUGUGCAUUGAGUCAUAUGAUUGUUGUUUGCUUUUCCUACUUUUAAACAAUAUUGUGUAAGACUGAUGAUUUUUUUUGCCACGUAUGAACAUUGUGUAUUUGUUUUCCAGCAAUUGUAGCACAUUGCGCAAUUUUGUCAUCUACCCUGUUACAAUUCAGUCUCCAGCUAGGCAACGAUUGACCUUGUGCCUGUCCAUUCACAUAGUGACAAUGUGAUGAUGUCAUCUUUAUAAAUGAUGUAAGUGCCUUGUGUAAGAGGAGCUAUAGAUACUGGCACUACCAUUGGGUUUUAGAUGUUUACUGGUGUUUAGGGAGAAUGUCAAGCUGCUUUACAAACUUUUUGCAGUU